CACACGACAGGCGGGCCCCGCCGCGGGAGCGAGCUGUGCGCGGGCGCGGGCGCGGAGUGACGCAGUUCGGGGAUUGGGUCGGUCGUCGGAGAACAAAGUGAAAGGAGGCAGGGAGAGUGAGCCCGAGCUUUCUCGCCACGGUGCAGGGCGGAGGGACCGGAGCGGCGGAUCUGGCCGGCGAGCGCGGCUGCAGGAUGCCCGUGGCCACGGAGAGGUUCCUCAGCGAGGGCAAGGGCAGGGGACUGCAGGCUCGCCAGCACUUUCAGAUUGGAGACCUAAUCUUCUGCUGUCCAGCCUACACCCACGUCCUGACCGUCAAUGAGCGGGGCAAUCAUUGUGAAUUCUGCUUCGCUCGUAAAGAUGAUUUAGCAAAGUGUGGACGAUGUAAACUAGCAUUCUACUGCAAUGUAACCUGCCAGAGAGCUGACUGGCCAAUGCACAAACUGGAAUGCUCUUCACUGAGUAAAUUUGGGCAGAACUGGAACCCCUCGGAGACAGUCAGGCUGGUGGCAAGAAUCCUGGUUAAGCAGAAAAUGCAUCCAGAGAAAACUCCUUCAGAGGAAUUAUUAGCUGUUAAUGAGUUUGAGUCACACCUUGAUAAAUUGGAUAAUGAAAAGAGAGAGCUAAUUGAGAGUGACAUUGCUGCCCUUCAUCACUUUUAUUCUAAACACUUGGACUUCCCUGACCAGGCAGCUUUGAUUGAGCUCUUUGCUAAGGUUAAUUGCAAUGGAUUCACAAUUGAAGAUGAAGAACUUUCCCAUUUGGGCUCUGCCAUCUUUCCAAGUGUCGCUUUGAUGAAUCACAGUUGUUGCCCAAAUGUGAUUGUAACAUACAGGGGGACGACUGCAGAGGUCAGAGCCGUGAAGCAGAUUUGCUCUGGUGAAGAGAUUUUCACAAGUUACAUCGAUCUGCUGUAUCCAACCGAAGACAGGCAAGACAGAUUGAGGGAUUCUUAUUUCUUUACAUGUGACUGCAGAGAAUGUGCAACAAAAGCAAGGGAUAAGGAAAAGUUGGAAGUCACAAACUAUGGUGAGCCACCAAAGCCUGAGAUUGUCAAGGACAUGAUCAAAUAUGCAAGGAAUAUAAUUGAAGAGUUCAGGAGAGCCAAGCACUACAAAACCCCUAGUGAGUUGCUGGAGAUCUGCGAGUUAAGUCUGGACAAGAUGGGAUCAGUUUUUGAGGAUAACAAUGUUUACAUGUUGCACAUGAUGUACCAAGCCAUGGGGGUCUGCUUGUACAUGCAGGACUGGGAUGGAGCUCUUCGCUAUGGUCAAAAAAUUAUCAAGCCUUACAGCACCAAACACUACCCGGCAUAUUCUCUGAAUGUUGCUUCAAUGUGGCUGAAGCUGGGUCGGUUGCAUAUGGGUCUAGAACACCACUCUGCUGGAGCAAAGGCACUAAGGAAGGCUUUGGCUAUUAUGGAAGUGGUGCAUGGGAAGGAUCAUCCAUACAUUUUUGAAAUUGAAAAGGAACUGGAGGGGAAAUGAAUGAUUUUAUCAUCUAUCUCUGUUUCUUAAAAUGUGAGAUCAUCCUGGUCUCUAGUAACAGAACAUUUGUAACAGAGGGUAUGAAAAUAAUGGCAUGAAUAUCAAAGAAAUACUGUUUUUAUUUUUGUUUUUAAUAUUUAAGUGAGUAUGAUAAUAAAUGGUUAAAAUGGA